ACAAAAUUGUUGAAAUCUCAAACUGUAAAUAAACAAGAAAAUCGAUGAAAUUUUUCCCUUAUGAAUCUCAUCAAGAAAAUUUUGAACGAUGAACAAUGACGGAACAAUCAAUUUCGAAAAACUUGAAGAGCAGUUGUUGGUAGCCGUAGAAGAGGACGCGAAAUACAAGCGUGAAAACGAUGCUAAAUUUAGAGCUGUUGCUCAGAGAGUUGGAUCUUAUGAAGAAUUUAAAGAUAUCGUCGCUGCUUCUCAUCUGAAACCUUUGGAAAAAAAAGAUAAGGAAGGUUUGCACAAUCGAAAGCAACCUUGGAACCCUUAUGCAAACCAACAAUGUGAAAAGAAGGCAUCUUCUCAAAGAAUACAAGAAAAGGAUGUUUACGGCAUUCCUAAGAACAGUUACGACUUUCAAAAAUUCUGGCGAGCAUUUCAAAAAGACCAAGUAAAGCAGUAUGGUUUCUUGAUCAACACCAAAGGAUCCGUGCUAGGAAAUAUUUUUAAAGCCGAAAUUCCAAUGGGAUUGCUUGGAGAGUUUUUGAAUAUUUUAAACAAGAACUGGAAACAAGAAGAUGCUUUGAUAAUAUUUGACAUUUUAGACAAUAUUAGUCAAGUAAAGAGAUUUAAUCUAUCCCUGCAGUUUCUUAACAAGCAGGAGCGAGACGGUUCAGUUGAUUUAUUUGAAAAAUUGAAAACUGCCUUGAUUUUUAGUGAAAUGAAAAAUAGUUCCGGGUCUAUUGUUGAUGAGAAAUUGUUUAUAGCUUUGAAAUUAAAAUAUGAUGUUUAAUGAUUA